CGGCCUGAGUGAACGGUAGUGCAAAAAUUCAGCUAUCAACCGUAUCUAUCGAGUGUUCAAAAACUCUUCUGGGAAUUUGCCCCAUCAUCUUUUUUUCUAAUCAUUUUUUUACUAAAAACAGACUUAAACUGGUUGUCAAUGUUUAAAAGAAUUUAUCAUCGAGUCAAGAAGUACAUUUUUUGCAUGGUGCAACUUAAUAAAUCGCAUGAAUGAAUGAACAAACAUUUGUUUUUUAAGUGUCUUCGUUUCAAAAAUUUAAAUAUAUUACUCGUGGUCAAACAAUAAAUUUGAAAAAAAAAAAAAAAUAAAUAAAUAAAUAAACAUGACUAGUGGAGUUCAGACCGUAAUAAAAAAUCCAAACUGGUGGCCUCGGCGUACCUGUUUAGAAAAAUCUUUAAUCGUCAUUAGUGUACUUUCACUAAUUGGUAUAAUCGCUCUAGUCUUAUCACUUUCUGGUGUUCUGGUUAAGAAAAGAGAAUGUGAAACUCAGAUAAAAAAGGCCGGUGCCGAGGCACUUCAGAGUCCACCAGGCAUUCAUAUCAAUCAAAAUACUUUACCGGCCGUAAACAAAACAAAAAAGAAUGAAUACGAUGAUGUUUGUCUAACACCCGGUUGUAUCCAUGCAGCGUCACGUAUUCUUGACCAGAUGGAUGACACCGUUGAACCUUGUGAUGAUUUCUACAGUUUUGCCUGCGGAAAUUUCGUAAAAGAGACCGUCAUUCCUGAUGAAAAAGUAUCGGUUAAUACAUUUUCAAUAAUUGGCGAUAAACUUCAGGAGCAGUUACGUUCAUUGAUUAGCGAUAAAAUCGAUCCAAAUGAUUCGGCACCAUUCAAUUUGGCAAAAAAAUUGUACAAAGCAUGCAUGAAUAAAACACUAAUUGAGGAACGUGGAUUAAAGCCAUUAUUCGAUAUCACCGAUAAACUUGGCGGUUGGCCCGUUGUCAAGGGCGAUGAAUGGGAUUCAAAAUCUGAAUGGAGCUGGACAUGGGCCGUUAAAGAAUUCCGUAAAGUUGGCUACUCUAUGGAUUAUAUUUUCGAUUUCUCUAUUGGCAUCGAUUUGAAAAAGUCAACAGCUCGAAUCAUUGAUAUCGAUCAGGCAGCAUUGGGUUUAAGUCGUGAAUAUUUGAGCAAAGGAUUUGAGGAUAAAAUUGUUAAGGCAUACUAUGAAUACAUGGUUGACAUGGCUGUUAUUUACGGUGCCGAUCGCAGCCGAGCUGAACGAGAGCUUAAAGAAUCACUUGAGUUUGAAAUGAAAUUGGCCAAUAUAUCUUUGCCAAAUGAAAAGCGAAGAAACGCCACAGCUCUCUACAAUCCACAUACAUUGCGUGAAGUACAAAAGAUGUAUCCAUACAUUCAGUGGGUUGAUUACAUAAAUGUGUUAUUGCCGCCACCUCAUUCAGUCGACGAGAAUGAAGUUAUUGUGGUUAGUGUGCCAUCCUACUUUGAAAGUUUGGGCAAAUUGUUGCAAGAUACCCCAAAACGUAUCAUCGCCAAUUACAUGAUGUGGCGCGUAACAGCCUUUUCAUCAUUCUUCCUCACAAGUGAAUUACGAAAAAGGCAAUUGGUUUACAGUACAGUCGUUAGCGGUAAACAAGAACAAGAAGCAAGAUGGAAAGAAUGUAUUGAUAUCACGAGUGGCAGUCUUUCAAUAGCCGUCGGUGCACUAUAUGUGAGAAAACACUUUCGCCAAGAUUCAAAAGCCACUGCACUGGAAAUGGUGAAUGGAAUUCGCAAAGAAUUUGAAUUGAUUUUGAACGAAGUCAACUGGAUGGAUGAUGCAACACGCCAAUCAGCUCUCAAUAAAUUAAAAUCAAUGUCCACCCAUAUCGGCUAUCCCGAUGAAAUUAUGGACAAUUCCAAAAUUGAGAAAUACUACGAAAAUUUGGAAAUCGAUGAAAACAACUAUUUAUCAUCCGUGUUGAAUAUGAAUGUAUUCGGUACUGAUUAUGCAUUUAAUAAACUUCGUAAACCAGUCAACAAAACCGAUUGGGUCACUCAUGCACGUCCAGCAGUUGUUAAUGCAUUUUACUCCUCCAUCGAAAAUAGCAUACAAUUCCCAGCCGGUAUUUUGCAAGGCCAAUUUUUCUCAUCCGACCGACCCCGAUAUUUGAAUUUUGGAGCAAUUGGUUUUGUUAUUGGACACGAAAUAACUCACGGCUUUGACGAUCAAGGUCGUCAAUUUGAUCUCAAUGGCAAUUUAGUUGAUUGGUGGCAAUCUGAAACAAAGUCACAUUAUUUGGAAAAAGCAAAAUGCAUCAUUGAACAAUAUGGAAACUACACUGAACCUACGACCGGUAUUAAAUUGAAUGGUGUCAAUACACAAGGAGAGAAUAUUGCUGAUAAUGGAGGUAUCAAAGAAUCGUAUCUAGCUUAUCAAAAAUGGCAAGAAGAAAAUGGACCAGAACAAAGAUUGCCAGGAUUAGAUUAUACACCGCAACAAUUAUUUUGGGUUGCAGCCGCACAAACGUGGUGCAGUAUUUACAGACCAGAAUCAAUGAAAAUGCGAAUUACAACUGGCGUACAUAGUCCAGCACAAUUCCGUGUACUCGGACCAUUGAGCAAUCGGCAAGAGUUUGCUGAUGAUUUUAAUUGUCCUGAAGGUUCUCCGAUGAACCCUGUUAAAAAAUGUGAAGUUUGGUAGUCAACUUUGUUCAUACAAAAGAAAUAAGAAGACAACCGUUCAAAUUUCUGCAGCUCGUAGUUAAGCUGUUAAUCCACUUAAUAUUCGAUUCGAUUGGAACAAUUGUGAAAAAAUAUAUUUUCAAGCAUCUCUUGAUAUCUUCGAAUGGAAUUCAAUUUUAUUUUUAUUUUUAUUUAAUGAGAAAUUUCUUCCGCAUUUAUUUUUAAUGUGAUUUAAAAUAUUCAAUUCUACAGUUGCUCUCGACAAAUCACAACAUUUUUUAGACUACUAUUUUAUUUUAUUGAUUAUAAUAUUGAUCCGUUAU